CCCGGCGCUGCGGGAGCGGCGGAGGCGCAACAGGUCCGCGGAGCCGAGCGCAGCCCGGCCGUGCCCAUGGCCGGCCGCGGGCCCGAGCAGGGCUACAUCCGCACCGUGCUGGGCCAGCAGAUCUUGGGCGAGCUGGACAGCUCCAGCCUGGCGCUGCCCUCCGAGGACCGGCUGAAGCUGUCGGGAGAUCGCGCCGGGGAGGAGAAGGCGCUGCGGAUCCACCGGCAGGUCCAGCAGACGCUGGCCAGGAAGAGCCGGGGCUCGCUGUACAAUGGCAGCCUGCACCGUGCAUCCAGUGUACCAGAGCGUGUCUAUAACAUGGGGAUCACUGAGAAUGAUUUUGCACCAAGGUCUCCCUACAGUUUCUCAUAUUACCAGGCAAACCAGGUUUCCUCCCCAUCCUCUUACACCAAUGGCUGGGGGACAAGGAUUGCUUACAGGACGAUGGAAGAGAGAGCUCAGAGGCAGCCUCUGAAGAGACUGGAGGUUUCUCCCCAGCGAAAUCCGGAAAGGCUGGCGUACGUGCCCAACGAUUUUCACUACGACGGAGGGAUUUCAGCUGGGUUUUCCGUGAGGCACGGAGAUGGCCUGAGAUCCAGCGGGACUGUGCCGCCGAGAUACGCUCGCUCCGAGAUCGUCGGGUACACCCUGCGCGACUCCGUGCACAGGGGACGCUCCUUCAAGAGGCAGUCGCGCACGGGGGCUGCCAGCGAUGCUCUUCUUGACGGUGCCUACCCCAGCCCCGCUGUCCCUCUGUACCACCAGCCUGGCAACAGCCGCAGCAUGAGCAACCUUCUGGAGAAGGAAAACUACCUGGCCUCGGAGAGCGCCAUGGGACAAGUGAGGUCCCCGACCGCGUCCCGCUUGUCUCAGAACAGGCAGUCUGUGAGGUCCAGCUUCUACCAAACUGCCUUCAGAAACACCCAGAGCAGGAGGGAGGUGUCCCAGCCAGCUUCCAUAGCCAGUGUCACUGCAGAAACGGAUGGGAAGAGGAUGCCAGUGACAGCUGCUGUGGCUGCAGCAGGGAGAAAUGGUUUUCUGCAGAGCGAGCAAGCGACCCUCAAUGGAUCUCAGCUGGGGAGCCCAGAAGUGGAGAUGACUCUGGAGCAUGCAGUGAACAUUCUGAAGAGUGAAAAUACACAGUCCACCCCCAGGAUCCUUGCUGCAGUGACUUUCAUACAGCAUGAGUGCUUCCAAAAAGCAGAUGCCAGGAGAAAAGUUUUCUCACUUGGUGGUAUCCCCAGACUUCUACAGCUGCUUGAGGUUCAGAAUGAGGACAUUCAGCGGGCAGCGUGUGGUGCUCUGAGAAACUUGGUGUUUGAGGACAAUGACAACAAACUGGAAGUGUCAGAGCAGAAAGGGAUCCCACUCCUGCUCCGCCUGCUCCGCCACUCCAGGGACAUAGAGACUAAGAAGCAAAUCACAGGUUUGCUGUGGAAUCUGUCCUCCAAUGACCAGCUGAAGCACCUCUUGGUUAGAGAAGCCCUGCAGACACUGACUGAAGCUGUCCUCAUCCCCUACUCAGGCUGGCCAGACAGAGAUUACCCAAAAUCAAGUGUUCUACCCGACCCUGAUAUCUUCUACAAUGCCACAGGAUGCCUGAGAAACAUGAGCUCUGCUGGCCCAGAAGGAAGGAAGAAGAUGAGAGAAUGUGAGGGCUUGAUUGAUUCUCUUGUGUAUUAUAUCCAAGGAGCUAUUGCAGACCAUGAGCCCAAUGACAAGGCCACAGAGAACUGUGUGUGCAUUCUUCACAAUCUUUCCUACCAGCUAGAGAUAGAGCUCCCUGAGAGCUAUGCCCAGAGUAUAUACGUACAAAGAAGAAAUAUUUCUAACAAUGACAAAACACCAGGCUGUUUUGGAACACGGAGCAGAAAAGUAAAAGAGAAGCAGCAGGACACCCCGCUUCCUGAGGAAAAGAGCAAUCCCAAAGGCGUUGAAUCGCUCUGGCAUUCUACACUGAUUAGGAUAUACCUCUCCUUAAUAGCAAAGAGUACCAGAAACUACACCCAGGAAGCAUCCCUGGGAGCUCUCCAGAACCUCACAGCUGGCACCGGACCAAUGCCAUUCGCAGUGGCCCGGGCUGUCGUUCAGAAGGCAAACGGGCUCCCGAGCAUCCGCGCCAUGCUGCACGUCAGCCACCCCGCCGUGAGGAGGACAGCCGUGUCCCUGCUCAGGAACCUGUCCCGGAACGCCUCCCUGCAAAACGACAUAGCCAGAGAAGUCUUGCCUGACCUGGUGUCAGUGCUGCCCGAGAGCAUGCCAGGCUCUGAGGUGGCCUGUGAAACCACAGCAUCCAUCUGCUACACCCUGUUCAACCUGACCCAGGGCAGCUCGCACAACGCCCGGCUGCUCCUCAGCACCCACGGCCUGCCCAAGCUCAUUGCCAUCAGCAUCAACGACAGCAAUAUGUUCAGCAAAGCCAGCAGGGCUGCUUCAGUCCUCCUCUACUCCCUAUGGUUACACACCGAUCUCCACAGUGCCUACAAAAAGGCUGACUUCAAGAAGGCAGAUUUCAUCAACAGCCGGACCACAAAAGCCUACAACUCACUGAGAGAUUGAAUCAGAGCAUUACACCAGGGAAACAAGCUCAUACAGCAGCCACUGCAACCAUCUUCACGGGGCUGGUGUCACCAUCAUGACCGACAAAGUAUCUCAGAAAAAAAGGAGCUGAUUUUCUAUAAAGACUUGAGUGGCCAGAGAGUAGUUUUUUUUGAGUUUUUAAUCCUUAUCACCUCGUUGUCACUGACAACAUCAAUAUCAGUAUAUCAACAUCAAUUCCAGUAUAUCAACAUCAAUACGAAUGUCAAUACAAGAAUAAUCAAAGAUGGAUUCUCCAGCAUGUCUGAGGAGAAGUUUCAUCCAGGUUUACCACGAGUCAAAGCUCCAGAUGACUGCCUUUGUUCUAAACAGAGGACUUUGAAAUGCUGGUGGGCAGAAAAUUCUUUUCAGACUGUUUUAUACCAAAAGUUUUCUACAGUGGGUAAGCAUCAAGUGCACUGCUCAGAAUUUAGUAGAUUUUCACUCUUUUGUUUCUUCACACAGCUGAAUAAGAAUCUCCAGACUCUAUGAGUAUGCACAAGAAGCUGUUUCACUACAUGAAUUAUAAAAGCACCAAUGAAGUUAAAAUUA